UUCUUUUUUUUUAUAUGUAUGAAUUUUAUCCUACCUUGCUAAAAUAACAAAAAAUUAUUGAUUGUAGAAUCUUUUACUAUAUAAUACCAUUUUUGAUAACAUUAAUUAUUAUUUAUUAUGCACGACAGUAAAUUACCAGGUAUUGCACUUGUGUUUUUUGAUUGAGGUAGCAGGUUCAAUAGCAGGGAGAAACGUUUCCUUGGGAACAAACAAACACAUCGGAAAGAGUUCGUGAAUCAUUUCGUGAAUUGAAAUAGUUCUCAUUUAACUCGCGAGAUCCAUCUUUCACCUCGAACAAAAUCUCAUUGCGGUAUGGCGAAAACCGAAACGGACGUAAGCUGUGUAGCGUUUCUUCCUACGAAAUUUACGUUGGACGAAUGGCAUCUCAACAAUCAGUUCAGGUAUCGAUGUUCCGAGGCGCAACGAGAAUUAUCGGAUCGACUUUUAGCCGAGGCGAUGCUUGCAUGCGAAUCGGCCGGGGAAAUCGUGAAAGAUAAUAAGGAGGAGACGGAUCAUCGGCUGCUAGAAAAGCUCAAUGACGUCGAAUUUCGUAAGGGAGAAUUGCUGCGAAUAAGGAAGGACAAUGUUCUGGAAAUCGAUGCGCUGUCUGUAUACAAAGAACGGAUUACGGAUACCCUCAAGUCCGUGAAAAGAAACGCUUCCGUAAUUUGCGAGAAAUGUCUCGCUGCUAGAGAAGGUAGAUUGGGUAUCGACUUGGUUCACGACGACGUUGAGAGGAGUUUGUUAAAAGAGCGCGAAGUGAUACAACGAGCGGAGAAUCUGUUAGAUCGAAUCUUAAAAGAAACUUGUGAACAAAUCCGUAAAUUGAAAGCCACGUUGUAUCACAUCGAUCAAGAUCUCAAAAAUAAAGAGAGCAACUUGUGUAUCGAUCGUCGUAACGUGACUUUAAGAGAAACCGAUUUUAAUUUGAGCCCCUGUCACAGAACUUCGUGUAUCGAUAAAUCGGGAAUAAUGUUAAAUGAAUGGGAACAGCAAACGAAUAGCAAUGUUAUCGGUGCGUAUAAAGAAGUGAAUGGUACGCAGCAAUUACGCAAUUACAUCGAUACGAUAAUUAAGCAAACGAUCGACGAUUUAAAUAAACAGAAAGAUGUCACAAACGAAGCUUUCAGGCAGCGUAUCGAAGAGACUCGAGAAGCCAAAAUUAAAUUGGAACUUGAGCACUCAGAGAUAAUAAAACAAGUUACUGCAAUGUCAAGCAAUAUCAUGCACAUAAAAAAAUCAAUAGCUGAUAAAGAGGGUUACAUGGCCCUGGCUCAUACAAGACUAGAUCAUCGCUGUCAACGACCAGGAAUCGAACUUACUCAGGACUUAGUCGAGGCUAAUCUCGUGAAAGAAAUACACGAAUUGCGAAAUAUCGCCGCAAAUCUGCAACGAAUGCUUUGCGAGGCAGAAGCGUCGCUACGUUACUUGCUCAAAACGCAAAUUCAACUCGAAGAGGAUAUCAACGUGAAAACAAAUACUUUAAAAAUUGAUGAGGUCGAGUGCAUGACUUUACGGCAAAGUAUGGCUUAUCAUGCGUAUUAGAAUGUUAAUAUUGAAGCCAUCAAUAUUGUAAUACAUUCGCAUCUACCACGUACGAGUUACCACACUGGAAUAUGACAUAUAAUAAUAUAAUUUAUACAAUUUUUGUGUCACCUAAAUUUUUUUAUACAAAUAAAGGAUAUAUAAUAAAAUUAAAAGUGCGACAACUAAAAUGAUAGUUGUCCAAGUCCAGGUUCCUAAUUCCUCACUACAGUUAGAUCAUGAUGUGUUAAAAUACCGUAAGUUUUAUGUUAUUUUGACGCGGAAGAGCGGAUAAUUUUUAUAUAUGUUAAAAAAACCAUAUUGUCGUUGAGAUAAGAAAACCAGUUAUGACAAGUUUUUUAAUACAUGCUUAUGCAUUCAUGUAUAAAAAUUUGAAUAAACAGGAUUGUACGAUGAUGUCAUACAAAUAAAUUUGUGGACUCGUGUGUCUUUCGCGAAAGACGAAAUAAAAGUUGUUACGAAACGGGGUCAUGUACCAUUGACGCUUCUUCUUGCACUUUUUCCGGCGGUGCAAUCACAGUCACGCGUAGUGGCAAUCGCCCCUCUCUCUCUCUCUCUCUCUCUAUCUCUUUCUCUCUCCUUGUUAAAAUAAAGCAAAAACGACGGAUAGGCAAGUGGUUUCACGAACCGGUACACGCACGUGAAGGAGGGAGAAUGAGCGGUCUAACUGACUUGCCGUUGUUAUUUCAUUUUAGUCCGUGUACUAACAGGAAUCGAAUCGGUCAGUAGAUGCGCACAGGUACUCUUGUUCCGUUGGCUGCACAGAAGAUUAUUUUCUUUGCGGAAUUUUCUCCUACUUCUUAGCAAACUACUUGUCGGAGAAUUCACAGUGCAGUGCUUCGCAAGAA